GUGGACAGGAAGGCUAAGGCCUCAGCGAUGCUGGACUCCCCAGCGGAGGUGAAGACACAGCCUCGGUCCACAUCCCCCAGUAUGCAGCCCCCACCGCCUGCCACGUCCCAGGGAGCCACCUCCCCCUCCCGCCCCUCCUUCAUGUCACACACCUUGAUGAACGGCAGGAGCCCCUCGCCGACAGCCAUCGGUGCACCGUCCACACCCAACGGCUUCAGCAUUGGCCCGGCCACCUCGUCCACAGCCUCCCUGUCCACACAGCACCUGCCCCCAGCCUGCGGGGCCCGGCAGCUCAGCAAGCUCAAGCGCUUCCUCACCACCCUGCAGCAGUUUGGCAGCGACAUCUCCCCGGAGAUCGGGGAGCGCGUGAGCACGCUGGUGCUGGGCCUGGUGAACUCGACGCUGACGAUCGAGGAGUUUCAUUGCAAGCUUCAGGAGGCCACCAACUUCCCUCUGCGGCCGUUCGUCAUUCCUUUCCUGAAGGCACGCCUGCCCUUGCUACAGCGGGAGCUCCUGCACUGUGCCCAGCUGGCCAAGCAGACGCCUGCCCGGGACCUGGCCCAGCACGAGCAGCUCCUGCUGGACGCCAGUGCCUCCUCCCCCGUCGACUCCUCAGAGCUGCUGCUGGAAGUCAACGAGAACGGCAAGAGGAGGACGCCCGACAGGCCCAAAGAGAAUGGGUCGGACCGUGACCCGCUGCACCCCGAGCCCCUCAGCAAACGGCCAUGCACCCUGAACCCUGCCCAGAGCUAUAGCCCCAGCAACCGGCUGGCACAGCCCACGCUGCCGCCGCACUACCGCCUGGAAGACACGGCCGUGGCCCACCACUUCCGAGAGCCCUACCGCCACCCGGACCCCCAGGAGCUGCGGGAGCGCCAGCGGCCGCUCGCGGUGCCUGGGUCCCGGCAGGAGGAAGUGAUCGAACACAAGCUCACAGAGCGUGAGUGGGCGGAAGAGUCGAAGCACCUCAACAACCUCCUGAACUGCAUCAUGGACAUGACGGAGAAGACGCGGCGCUCGCUCACGGUGCUGCGCAGGUGCCAGCAGGCUGACCGCGAGGAGCUCAACCACUGCGAGCGGCGCCACAGCGAUGCAGAGGACGUGAAGAAGGGCCCCACUCCCGCCACCGCCCGGCCCCGCAGCAGCUCUGCCGGCCCUGAAGGGUUGCUAGACAUCCCCCGGGAGUUCCUGCCGAGGACCCUCACCGGCUACCUGCCUGAGGACAUCUGGAGGAAAGAGGAAGAGGCGGUGAAUGAGGUGACCCAGGCGAGGUCAGAGCUGCAGAAAGCCGUAUCGGACGCAGAGCGCAAAGCGCACGAGCUCAUCACCACCCGGCGCGCCAAGACGGAGCGGGCCCUGGCCAAGGCCAAGCGGCAGGCCUCCGAGGACGCGCUGACUGUAGUCAACCAGCAGGAGGACUCCAGCGAGAGCUGCUGGAACUGUGAGUGGAAGGCCAGCGAGACGUGCAGCGGCUGCAACGCAGCGCGCUACUGCGGGUCCUUGUGCCAGCAUCCGGACUGGGAGAAGCACCACCACGCGUGCGGCCAGAGCCUGCAGAGCCCUGCGGCCUUGGCGGCCGAUCCAGUUCCCAGACCGCCCGACACCGCCAACGGCCUGGACCCCUCCCUGCCCAUGGGUGCUGCCAGCCCCAGCGAAGCCGGCUCUGCGGGACCUUCUCGCCCCGGCUGCCCCAGCCUGCCUGGCCCGCUGGACGCCGUGCCCCGCUGA